AGCUAGUUGAUUAGAGAAUAAAACUACAACUGGCUUUUAAGAUUAUAAUUUAGGAAAAUGUAUAGAAAUUCUUAUCAACGUGGAAUGCUCACGGUGUUUUUUAGUGUGGGCUCAAAACCUUUAGCUAUAUGGGACGUUCACAUCCAAGAUGGCUAUGUUACUAGGUUUUUAGAUCAAGAUAUAAAGUCCAUGGUUUUAGAGAUAGGUGGAACUAAUGUAAGUACAACGUAUAUCACAUGCCCGAAGGACAACAAAGUACUAGGUAUCACUAUGCCGUUUCUAGUUAUGAUCGUGAAGAAUCUGAAGAAAUAUUUUUCGUUUGAAGUCACCAUACUUGAUGAAACCGGUACUCGAAGACGAUUUCGUGUGUCCAAUUUUCAAAGCAGCACUCAAAUAUUGCCUCUUUGUACUGUUAUGCCCAUCGGGCUGUCGGAUGGAUGGAAUCAAAUCCAAUUCAAUUUGGCCGAAUUCACUCGACGUGCUUACAAAAAGCAGUACGUUGAAGUUCAGAAACUAAAAGUUAAUGCGAACAUUCGACUUAGACGAAUAUACUUUACGGAGCGUCUUUUGCCAGAAGAUGAACUACCAAAUGAAUAUAAAUUAUUUUUUCCACUAUCAUCUAAAGCAGCAAAAGAUAAGAAAACGAUCCAAGCGACAGCUCAAUAUAAAGAAAAUAUUCAACCAUCUACAUCUCAAAAAUUGAUUGAAGAACCUAUGCUGCUAGAUGAAAAAGUUGAGAUGAAAUCUUCUAAAAUGUCUGUUCAUUCUAUGAAGAAACAGCCAUCUCAAGUAUAUAAGAAAGAAUCAAAAACCGAAGUAGAAUCAGUAAAAGAGAUUUUAGAAACAGCAAAAGAGAUUUCAGAAACGACUGAAGGACUAGAAGGUGAAGAGCGUGAAUUUACAAUCGAUGCUGAAGAAAAAAUUGAAGGACAAGAAGUAAAAGAAGAUAUUGCAGAAACAGAUGCUGCAGAAAUAAUUCCUACAGAAACAGCUGGAGUGGAAACAGAAAUAGCUGGUGCGGAAAUAACUCCUACAGAAAUAACUGGAGUGGAAACAGAAAUAGCUGGUGCAGAAAUACCCCCAGAACAAACUGAAGUAGCUCCAUCAGAAUCAGAUGCUGUAGAAACAGUUCCUACAGAGUCCAGUGCUACAGAAGUACCUGUAACCUAAACACCUGAAAUAGCAGAUGCUUAUUGCUAUUGAUAAAAUAAUUGAUUGCUUAAA